AUAAAAAAAUACCCUCUUGACACAUGCUAAAAGUCCAUAGAGUGAGUUUGUGAGCGGCCUCUAAUCUCUCUACCUGAGCCUGCUGUCUACCGGUCAGCCAUUCCGGUCAGAAAACAAAGCUCCAGCUACUUAUCGUGAGCUGGGAAAGUGGAUUCUGCUGAGUAGACUGCAAAGGGAAGAGGAGACGAACACAAUGGAGACGCUUUUUCUAGUAAAACACGACUGAACGAUGCCUUUUGCUGUGCUCCAUAGACAUGUAAAAGACAUUAUAAUAAAAGGAAUAUCUUCUCUGUGGAGCAACCGGAGGCAAGGUGUGAAGAUGCUGCACCUGGAUCAUCAAAGGAGGACUCCAGCUAGGAAGCCUCGCCAUCACCAGCAUGGAUUAUUACACGCCCCAGCCAACGCGACGCCACAACCCGGUGGACAGCAUCUGCCGCAAGUUGCAGACCAUUCAGUGGCGUGGUGAACGAGAGCCAUAUUCCCCCUUCCAGAUCCCAAAGCUCUCCUCCAGCAGCUACGACAGCCCCCAGUGUGGCCUCAGGCACAACCUGGAGGCUAUCUUAAAGAAGGGCGCCCGCCGCAAAGACGAGGGUGAGCGGCGGGAGGAGGAGGGGAUGCCGAGCUCCGCUCCUCCACAGAAGAGCAACAUGGGUACCUCGAUCCCACCUUCCACGUUUUCCACCCCAGCAUCCAAUCCCCCCACGCCAGCUAACGUCACAUACACCAUCACCAGCACGUUUGGCGAGAGGAGAAGUGCUGAUGGCAGUGAUGUAAAACCAUUUAAAACCUGGCAGAGGUACUGCUCCACUCCCACAGGCCAGUCCAAAGACUCUCCGUACUUGACAUUCACACAUGGUGAACCCCAAUCCGCGCAGUCAAGCAAGAGUCCUCUGCUGUCUCGUACCUUCACCCCAAGUAACAGCACCGUGUCCUACAACCUCAACUUCAGCUCCACAGACAAGGGGAACUCGACAGAGCUUGAGCUGCCCUAUGCUGCUCUGGUUGUGAAAAGACUGUCACUGGAAGAUGGAGGCAACACACUGGUCUCCGACAGCAAGAACAUGGCAGAAAUCAGCCUCAUCUGUGAGGAGAAUCUGCUCGACACCAUCUUCCAUGCAUGCGACACGCAGCGUCGAGGUAAGGUGUAUGUGUCUCACAUUGUGGACUACUUGCGGUACACCACCAGUCGCAGCUCGGAGGACAGCGGGCUGGAGGAGCUCUGCAACAUGCUGGACCCAGAACGCAAAGAUAUCUCCAUCGACCUGGACACUUACCACGCUGUAAUGAGGGAGUGGAUUGAAGACUGCCGCAGCAACAGGGAAGAACCAGCAGAAGGUGUAACCCAGGACUCCAUGAAACUGAAGGACACUCUUUCUGCCAAGAAGUCAAUGCUGCUUAACAUGACCUCUGGAAGUUUGGAGGGCUUUGGAGGGGAUGCCUCAAGAGUUGAAUUUGAAACAUCAGAGCUUGUAUACUGUGUUGCCGACCUCCAGAUGAGCAACCAAAAGCUCCAGGAGGAGGUAAAGAAGCUAAAACAGGUGGUGGAGGGCAUGGAGGAGAGCAACCAAAAGCUGGCAGAUGAGAAUGUGGAGCUCCGCAACCAGGCCAGAGGUCACCAGCAGCUGGUCAGCGAAGAGAAGAUGCUAAAAGAAGAAGUGGAAGAAAUGAAGGCCACUCUGAGCUGCACUGAGGAAGACAGAGCUCGCGCCUCCGCACACAGCAAACACGUGGAGAAAGAAAACCAGGGUCUGAUAGCCAAUAUCGCAUCGCUGCAAGAGGAGAACUUUAAGGUCACCAUGGAGAUGGACGAGCUUCAGAAGAGAAUAGCAGAGCUGUGUGACAUUAACGCUGACCUUCAGGUGCAGAUUCACUCUUUUGAUGCGGUCAUCUGUGAAAAGGAAGUUCGAAUACAAGAGAAGAGCAGCCAGAUAGCUGAGCUUAAGGCAACAGUGGAAGAAUAUUCCUCCAUCACAGAGAUGCUGAGGGCGGACAAGAGCAAACUGGAGAACCAGAUGCAGAUGAUUCAUCCAGACCUUGCUGGUGCAGGAGUGUCUCUUUCGGUAGCCUACAGGUUGAACCAGAGCCCUUCCGGGUCCCUGCAGACGGAACUGGCUCUGGCUCAGUCGCCACUGGAGUUUGUCCAUGGGGUUGAUCAUUUAUCCACAAGUGUGAGCUUUGCCUCGCCACUGGAUGAGACGCUGGACAGGGAGGUGCUACUGAUGAUGAAUGGACCCAGCCCUGAGCACAUGGCAUUGGAGUUCAAGAAACUACUUGGCAGACUGAAGACAGAUUUCAGGAAAGACAGCAGCACUGUUCUGUCCUCGCUGAAAGCCCAACUGGAUGGCCACUCACAGCCAGAGGGCGACACAGACGCCAGUCUUCAGGCAGUGCAGGCCGAGCUGGACGCAAGACGGGAAGACUGGGCCCUCAGCCUGGACCAGCUUGCUCAGUACACUGACUCAAUAGAGAAGGAGCUGAUCAAAAUGGCCAGUAAUAUGAGGAGGUCCCGCACUGAGAUCCUGCACCUUUCCAUCAGGGUGCAGGAGCAGGAGAACCAGAAGCGACAGCUUUGUGAGGAGCUAGAUCAACUUAAGACCACCCAAGAUAGCAGAGAGGCCUCAUGUCAAACACCUGCACCAGAGGAAGAGCCUGGGGAAGACCUGGAAUGGGAUGAGGAAUACGCCCUUCAAGAUUUCCUGAAAAGCGAAAUGGCAGGAAGCAACUGUCAAGCUCAGGACGAACCGAAGGAGAGCAAAGCUGAUGAGACAGUGGGCAAGGUGGCAGAGCGAGGCGAAGAGGAGGACGGAGAGAAGUGGAUGGUGGUGGACCGCACGGGUGAUGGAGAAGUGAGGGACACGUCCACUCCUGUGUCUGCCGUUCCUUGUCCAUUGGACACAACUCAAGAAGAUUCAGCCUGCACUCAGUCAGAGCCAGAGGUGAAACAUCAUUGUUUGCAGGACGAGGCAGCAGCACCGUCAGACGCCCACUCACAAGCUGUCAGCCCCAAGCAACGAGAGGCGGAUGCCCUGCCCGAUCCAUCCCACUCAGAGAACUGUAAUGCAGAAACACAAGAGACUGCAUUGUCUCAGUCUGAAGACGCAGCCCAUAAUGUGAGCACCUCACCUGAUCAGGAUCCAGCUGUUCUACCUGCCAACGGCGCAUCACAUGUACCAGAUGAGGUUACUCCACACAGUGCUAGCAUCCAGCUGACUGGAGAGGACCACACAGGGGAGGAGAAAGAGGACAUGAGCUGUGCAAAGAGCCUGAUCCUGGACCAGUCGACACCGAGGACAGCAGCGGAGGACAUCACGAGCCUGCUUCCUGUGGUGGUUGAAGAAGAGGAGAGCAUGCAGGAGAGUACCACGGUAGCUCCAAGUGAAGUGGCCAACACGGCAGGGACAGAGCAGCCCGCCAGUGUCGGCACAACCACCCUAACUGACGCAAGCUUGACACAGACCAGCCAAUCGGAGAGCAGCGUGGUCAGCAUGACCUCUGAUCAAUUGGAAGGCAAAAAGGACUCCCUCUCCCCUGAUGGGAAGAAUAAGAAGCAACUGGAGCCGUCAUGUGGCAUGGACAAUAAGGAAGCCCAAAAGGUGGGGGAGAGCAAAACCGGGACACCUGCAGCCUCUGAAAAGGAAUCUGAGGCUUCAACAAUCUCUGACCACGGUGGUACAUGCAGAGAGGACAACAACAGCCUUUCUCCCAAUGACAAAGAGAUUGAGACCGAGUUCCAGCGUCUAGCUUUGGGUUUCAAGUGUGACAUGUUUACCCUUGAAAAGAGGCUGCGCCUGGAAGAGAGGUCACGUGACCUGGCUGAGGAGAAUGUUCGCAGGGAGGUGUCCAGCUGCCAGGGCUUGCUGCAGGCUCUUAUUCCUCUAUGUGAGGAUGAUAACCAGUCAAUGGAGAUCAUCCACAGGCUCCAGAAGAACCUGGAUAUCCUCAUCCAGUCUAUGACCCGCGUGUCCAGUCGCUCUGAGAUGCUUGGAGCCAUUCAUCAGGAGAAUCGCAUUGGCAAGGCUGUGGAGGUGAUGAUUCAGCACGUAGAGAACCUGAGGAGGGUGUACACCAAGGAGCACGCAGAGCUGUUGGAGCUACGAGAAACACUCAUGCAGAACGAGAGGUCGUUUGGCUCGCACACAGAAAGAGAUGAGUUCCGUGGCAAGAAGCCGUCAACGUCGCAAUACUACAAGCAGUCAACCCGGCGGGUUAGCAUAGCAGCAAUACCUCGCUCUGGUGGAGUCAACAUGCACUAUGAUAUGACAAAACAACAGGAUGGUGCAGACAGUGAGGCAGAAAGACUGACAAGGAGAUCUCCAUGGAAUGUGGCAGGAAAGAACAUGGCACGCCCCCCACUUAAACGCUUUGUUAGCUCUGCCGCCUGGGUUGACACUGAAGAGCCCUCUGUCAUGAUGAAGGGGACGACGCGCAACAACUCUGACGCCCAGUCGGUGGACGAACAGGAGGAGCCGGUGGCAGAGAGGAGGAGGUCCAGUCUCAGUGAGCUGGGCAGCAAACUCACCUCCCUCAUUCUGCCGCUCAAGACGAGUCAGGAUGAGCUCUUUGUCAUGCUUCCAAGCUGUUCCUCCAGCCCGGCAUCUUCCGACCCAGGCCUGUCCCAGUCCCUGUCCCAUAACUUGACUUCCUCCCGGGUGGCGACAGCAGCCGCAGUGGCGCGGGGUGGCAGGGGGCUCUGGCUUUGGUUGGCGAUGGUGCUUGUGCUCGCAGGUCUCCUGGCGUUGUUGGCCAGUCUGGUGAUGCAGCCAGCAGUAGACGCAGCCCCUGUGGGCACCGGGGACUCCUGGAUGACCAUCCAGCAGCUUCUGUGGCCUUACACUGGCCUGCAGCAUAACGGACAGCCCCCAGUCUAACCCCUUUUGGAUCGGGGAGUGGAUGGUGCUACGACUGUCAGCCUUCUGCGUAGAUUUGUCCGUGCCACACGGAGAAAAGACUGUUGGUGGUGCCUGAAGAUAUCUAAAUGGUAUCAGUAGGGCUUCUGGGCCUGGUUGACCCAAAUGGAGGAUUUUGUCACGUUUGUGGAGGACAUUUGAUGGUUGCUCGGCAUCCUUCACAAUAUAAUGCAGUUUUCACUCAGUAUUUACCUGCUUCUUAGAACCACCGUCCUUAAAACGACUUCAGAGCAUUGUCAGAUUUUAGUGCAUCCACUCAACCUUAUGUGCCACACAACGGCUUCUUAACCUAUGUCCUUUUUAUAACUUUUUAAGCAGAUAAACACUGAUAAUAAAAUAUUUUAUGUUUUUAAAUGUGUAUUUAUAACUACUUUUGGAGUGGGUGAUAUGUGAAUCUGAUUUUAUUAUUGUCUUAGCACCAAAGGUUGUUUUUUUUUUUUUUUGCUGUGGUUGUCACAACUUCAUACACUUUUAUAUGUUGCCAAGAAUAUGCGUCGCAUAAAUAAAGGAGUUGAUUCUAUGAUA